ACUGAGCGACUGAACAACAACAAACCCAGAGUGAAGAGCUGGGUCUGUCACUCCACUCUCCCUUUCUGCUUCCUGAUACAGGGUCCUGGGGCCCCUCAGGCUACUUAGCCAGGUUGGGAGCAGGGACAGUGGGGUUGAGUUCUCAGGGUUCCACAGCUGAGCUGCCAGCAUAGAAUUUCUACACCACAGUCCAGGCGCCACGGCAACUGGAGGAAAUAAACACUCUGGGUUUCACAGUCCAAGUUCUGCAGUGAGGUCAUCCUUAGCGCCUGCCUGCGGGGCCCUGCAGCUGGCUGCACCCCAGACAGCCUCAGCUGCUCUAGUAGGAGGACUGCUCUGCUUCUCAGCCCUCAUGCCGCCUGUGGCGUCCGGGAGAGAUAGUGGACACAGGGGCUUGGGCAGGGGUGCCCAGAACAGGUCUCACCCAGGCCCAGCUCCUCGCCCGGUGCUCCACAUCUCUCAGUAGCUGCUCUUGCUCCCUGCUUGGCCCCAGACAUGAAACUGCCCAAGGGUGUCAAGAACCCUGUGUUCUAUGGGCAGCAGCCAGAGAAAAAGGUGCCAGUGUCCUCAGGGCACGAGAUAAAGCAGAUCCCUGUGGUCCUGGCCAUGCUCAAAGGUCCGGGGCCUGCCAAGUACCUCCGGCCAUCCUGCACGGGCUACAUAGACCAUGACAUCUCCAUGUUCCAGGAGCCAGCCUAUACCCUGCAUGCCCGGCACUCGGAGAAGCGGAUCAUGGACAUACGUAGCCCCGGGCCUUGCUAUUUCUUGGAUCCUAAGAUAACUCGGUUUGGGAUGGCCAGCUGUCCUCAGGUUCCCAUGGCAGAGCACAUCUCUAACCUGCGUCUGAGCCCCACCCCGGCCCCCUGCCAUUACCACCUGGAGAAGACCCACCCGCCUGGGGAACGCAGGGCUCCUGAGUACUCCUUUGGCUUCCGGUGCCCAUACCGAGUGAUGGACCCCAAUCCAGGCCCCAACCGGUACCAGAUGCCACUCCUGCUGGGGCCCAACCUCCCUGCCAACAAAGCUGCUCCUUGCUAUAGCUUGGCCCCCUUGGACAAGAACUGGUUCUACAAGAAUAUGUCAAGAGGCCCCGGACCGGCCGCACACACCCGGCCAGAGCCAUCCGUCUAUCAGAACCGCAGCCCCGUCUAUAGCAUGGCCAAGCGCUUUGGCUACCCGGUGGACCACACACCUCGGCCUGGCCCCGGCUCCCACAACGUCCAGCAGGUCACGGCACACAAGCCCCGCCCGCCCGCUUUCACCAUGGGCACCAAGCACUCGCCCCACCUAUGCCCGCUGAUCGUCGACAUUCGUGACUGAGGCCCCUCCUGGUGCACUCCUGCCCCCCACCCUGUCCCUAGAAGUUAUUUUUCUAUACCGAAUUGAGCGACUUACCCAGAUUUUAAGUAGCAGAGCUGGUGCCUGCUGU